AGUCGCAGAGCCAAGAGAACUACCGUUAAUGCUGCCGCGCUGACCGGAAGAGGAAGGUGCAUUCCUUAGGAAGUUCCCCUGUUAGUUGCCGCUUCCGCACGGUGGCUGUUGCGGACCUUGGGUUGGGGAUCCGAAAGCUUCCGCGGCGCUGGGCAGGUUGUGAGAUGCCGGGCGGAGGCCGCUGCCCCGACUGCGGCUCCACUGAGCUGGUGGAAGACGCGCACUAUACGCAGAGCCAGCUGGUGUGCUCGGACUGCGGCUGUGUGGUCACCGAGGGCGUGCUCACCACCACCUUCAGCGACGAGGGCAACCUCCGAGAAGUAGCGUAUUCCCGGAGCACAGGGGAAAAUGAACAAGUUAGUCGCAGUCAGCAGCGAGGUCUCCGCCGAGUGAGAGAUCUCUGUCGAGUUCUGCAGUUGCCAUCAACAUUUGAGGACACAGCAGUUGCCUACUACCAAAAGGCAUACCAGCACCCUGGCAUCCGUGCUGCCAGGCUGCAAAAGAAGGAGGUGUUGGUUGGGUGCUGUGUCUUAAUCACCUGUAGGCAGCAUAACUGGCCCCUGACCAUGGGGACCAUCUGCACCCUGUUGUAUGCAGAUUUGGAUAUGUUUUCUGGCACCUACAUGCAGAUAGUGAAGCUCCUGGGGCUGGAUGUGCCAUCUCUGUGCUUGGCAGACCUGGUGAAGACCUACUGUAGCAGCUUCAAACUUUUCCAAGCCUCCCCAUCGCUGCCAGCCAAAUACAUGGAAGACAAAGAGAAGAUGCUGUCACGAACACUGCAGUUGGUGGAGCUGGCGGAUGAGACGUGGCUGGUGACCGGGCGGCAUCCCUUGCCUAUCAUCACUGCUGCUGCUUUCCUGGCUUGGCAGUCGCUGCAGCCCUCAGCUCGUCUGACAUGUUCCCUGGCCCGAUUUUGUAAAUUGGCAAAUGUGGACCUGCCCUACCCCGCUUCCUCCCGGUUACAGGAGCUGCUGGUUGUGCUGCUGCGGAUGGCUGAGCAGCUGGCCUGGCUGCAGGUACUGAAACUGGACAAACGGUCUGUGGUGAAGCACAUCAGUGACCUGCUGCAGCACCGCCACACUUUGAUUCGCAAAGCCUUUCGAGAAGGGACAUUAGAGGUGGAGGCCCUGGAGAAGGAGCUGCAGGGACAGGGACCGGGGCAAGGACAGGGAAAAGAGGAAGUGGGGAAUAGCGCCUCCGAGUUACCUGAGGGGAAGCGGCCAGCUAGUCCUGCCCUUCUCCUCCCACCCUGCAUGUUGAAGCCCCCAAAGCGGGUCUGCCCCGCCCCCCCUGCCUCCACGGUCACCGGAGAUGAGAACAUUUCCGAUAGUGAAAUAGAGCAGUAUUUGCGGACCCCUCAGGAAGUGCGGGACUUUCUGAGAGCCCAAGCUGCUGGACAAGCUGCCACAAGUAGUCCUAACCCCCCCUGAUGCACUUGGGUUUGGUGGGGCAGGGGUCACGUCAUUCUGACAGCAGCUUGAUAGUAGGCCUGUCAUGUCCAGAGAAAUAAAUGUGUGCAAGCCCUUAGGUAUUGUCUCUGCAGCUCAGAGCCCAGGUCCUGGAGUAGAAAUGAGAACGACUGUAGGAACCCCCGGGUUGGAGAGAGUCCCAUCCUUUAGUGCCAGAGAGCAGGUUGCAUAUGUUCACAUUCUGUGGGGUGGCUUUCCUCUUAGAUGUUGGGCUCUCUUCUGCUCCUGGUCUGAACUGGAUAAACUGAAAGGGCUCACGGGGCCUCGCUACUGGUGAGGAGCAGUUGGUAUUUCCAUGGUACCAGCCCUCAGGGCAGGAACUGGGGCAACUCUUGGCCCUGUGUCCUAGGUAUUGGUGGGUUAAUGUGUAUGGUAUCAUGAGAUCUUCUACCUCAUAACAAAAGGACCGUGGGUGGACUAAGGUUAUAGCUCAAGGCUUUGCAAAAUUUUAAUAUAUUAAACAAGAGGCAUCUGCUAGAAACAUUCUUAUUGUAUAAAACCCGAGCUUUUAAAA